AUGGUGGCAGAAGGCCUUCGCAGACUGCCGGAGGGCAGGAGCCAGCCACGGCGAGCCUCACACACUCUUUCAGACCAGAGACCGCCAAGAAAGUCCCGCAAGAAGCUGCAAGUCAUCAUCUGCGUUCUGCUCGUGGAGCUGUGUGAAAGAUUCACUUUCUUUGGGAUUGUGUGUAACAUGAUUCUCUUCUGCACGGUGAAGCUGGGCUACGACAACUACCUGGCCGCAACCGUCAACCUGUGCUUCAUCGGCGCCAGCACCUUGACCCCUGUGCUGGUCGGGUGGUUUGCAGAGACCUGCUUAGGACGGGCUAAAGUGCUCUACUUGUGUGCUUUACUUCACUUCUUCGGCACUGCCAUGCUGCCUGUGGUGGCAUUUCCCUUUGAGGAUUUCUACAUUGACACCCAUCACAUGACUCACCAGCUGGAGCCCCGGGAGCAGCAGAUCUUGUUUUACACCGGCCUCCUCGCUGCUGCGCUGGGCAUCGGCGGCAUCCGGGCCAUCCUCUGUCCCAUGGGGGCCUACAGCCUGCAGGGUUACAACCAGCACCAGCUCCUCGCCUUCUUCAACUGGUUUUACUGGCUGGUGAACCUGAACUCCACUAUCGUAUUUCUGGGUAUUGCUUACAUCCAGCAGUCUGUGGCCAAAAAUCUGGGCUUCCUCAUUCCCUUCACGUCUGUGCUGCUGGCUCUCAUUGCCAUACACAUGAUGCGCAACAAACUCACCUACAAACCCAAGAAAGGGGGGUCAUUACUGACCACACUGGGAGUCUUCUUGAACUCACUCAAGAUGUGUUGCCUCUACUAUCGCCACCUGAGUGGAGACGUAGCAUCGUGGCUGGACCGGGCCAAAGAGAACAAUGGCGGCCGGUACAGCGAGAUCCACGUGGAGAACGUCAAAGUCUUGGCCAAACUCUUCCCGCUCUACGGGCUUCAGCUGCUUUACAGAGCCUGCGUCACUCAGAUUCCAUCAGGUUACUACAUCCAGACCAUGAACUCCAACCUUCACCUGAACAACCUCCUGCUGCCCAUCGGUGCCAUGAAUGUCGUCAGCAUCCUGCCUCUGCUGCUGUUGGCCCCUCUGAUCGAGUGUGUCACCACCUGCUGCCUGUCCGUGGGGAAAACCCCCCUGGCUCCUGUCAAACUCAUCAGUGACCCCCUCUCUCAUCACCCCACCCUGUCCGUCCCCCUUCCAGCUCUGGGCCAUGUGUGUGCCACUCUCUCCGUCCUGGUGGCAGGUUUGUCGGAGCUGCAGAGGAAAACCUUCCCCCUGGUGGAGCAGACUCUGUCCGGCAAGGUCCUGCAGGUGUCGUCCAUGCCGUGUUUCCAGCUGGCGCCUCAGUACGUCCUGCUCGGCUUGGCUGAGGCUCUUGUCACCCCUGCGUGUUCCCUCAUCCCGUUCCAGCUGACUCCAAACCACAUCAGAGGGAUCUCUUUGCACUUCCUCACCCUGUCUUAUGGAGGGGGCUGUUUUUUAGGGGCUUUUAUUAUCCAGCUAGUAUACUAUAGCUCUGGAGGAAACUUCUAUCCGAACAUGCUGCAUGAUGGGAACCUGGAGAGAUUUUUCUUCUUCUUGGCCACACUGAUGGCCAUAAACACUUUGGUGUUUUGGAGUGUGUCCUACAGGUACAUUGACCUCAGCGUUCAGGGGAGAGCCCUGACCGUCAGCCCUCUGACUGAGAAGCUGCUGUACUAUAAAGCCACUCUGCGCUUCUACGACACAGUGGAUCACGCCUCCAUCGACUCCGUACUGUAA